AUGGCCGACUCUACGCCCACUUCGCCUACCUCGCCCAAUGGGCCACACGCUCCUAAUCACGAUUCGAUGGUGACAGUUUCGCUGUCCGACAUCCAAUCCAACUCAGAACAUACCCAACCAGCCUGGCGCACCCUCGACAUCCCUCCUACACCAGUAGAAUCAAGCCAUGAAUCCGAUCCCAACCGAAACACCGCCGACUCAUUCGGUCCGAUGCCCCUCCGAGACGCCGCAAAGACCAGCCCACUUCCCUCGGAGCCCUCGACCCCCACCUCCGCAGAGCCCAGACCAUUGGAGGAAGAUGUAGAGCACGAGCUGGAUUGGGAGAACUUGGAUAAAACGGAAGAGCAGGAGCCACGCGGCGAAGGCUCGGAUGAUUCCACUGCUCUGCUGUUGGCUCGAUUGGAACAGGAGAACAAUGCUUUGGCGACAGAUCCCAAAGCUGGCUUAGCGAAUACCCCAAAAAUUCAGAUGCACCACCGCCAGUCCCGGUCCCAAUCGCUUCACCACAUCAAGCGAUUGAUCCGUGAUCCAGCUCGGGCUGAACUACGCUACUCGCAACUUCCACCCCCGCCGAUGACCGAGCUGGAGUUCUGGGCAGCACUAGUGGCGGAUUAUCCGCAGACAGCCCAGCGCUUGCCCACCUUGACUUCGAACAAGAUCCAAGGUGGCGUACCUCCGCCACUGAGAGGGGUGGUAUGGCCGAGCCUGGCCGGGGCUCGCGAUCCUAGUCUCUUGGAUGAGUUCCAGCGACUCUCGGGAGAGAGCAGCCCAUACGAUGGUCUUAUUGGGAAGGAUAUUGGUCGCAGCUUUCCCAACGUGGAGAUGUUUCGGGAUCCCAAUGGUGAAGGCCAACAAAUGUUAGCCCGGGUGUUGAGAUGCUUCAGCUUAUACGAUGCCCAAAUCGGCUACUGUCAAGGUCUGGGAUUCGUGGUUGGUCCUUUGCUCAUGCAUAUGUCAGAUGCGGAAGCUUUUUGUGUGCUUGUGCGUUUGAUGGAUCACUAUAACCUCCGGCAGUGCUACCUGCCAGAUUUGUCAGGUCUUCACCUUCAUGUGUACCAGUUCCAGAACCUUUUGGCACGCCACCGACCGGCCUUGUUUGAGCAUCUAGAGUCGCUGAACGUUGAACCAGUGUAUGUUUCGCAAUGGUUCCUUUCGUUCUUUGCGGUGGCAUGUCCAUUGCCCAUGCUCCUUCGAAUCUACGAUGUCAUUUUCCUCGAGGGCGCUUGUGAGACACUGAUGCGUGUCGCACUUUCUCUGAUGCAGCGAAAUGAGAAAAGAAUAUUAGCAUGUGCUGAGUUUGAGGAUGUUAUGCAAUUGCUUCUAUCGCGAAGUCUAUGGGAUACAUACGCCUUCAAUGCGGAUGAUCUUGUAAAUGACUUCGUAUCGCUAACUUCACUUGUCACUAAAGAGAGCUUGCAGGCUCUAGAGGCCAGUUACAAUCAAUCACAGGGUGUCCCAACGGGCAUCUCUUUCCCACAGAUGCAGGCUGCAGCAUCCCGCUUUUUGGGACGACUGUGGGCGGGUUCAAACAAUCACAACUCUGUCAAAUCUCUGAACCCUAACGCAAGUGCUUCACGCCCCACGAGCUCAAUUCGGCGUUCGACAUCAAAACAAAGCCUUACGUCAACGCUCAACUCAGUCGAAACAACCUCUGAUGCUAGCACUGCCCCAACUGAAUUGUCAGCUGGUACAAACGUUGACGGUCACAAAACUCGUAUUAAAUCAAAUAUGUCCGUCAACCAGAAGGAUCGCGAUCUUCAUACGCAAAUUGAAGAUCUUUUGAUGGCAUUGGGCGAUCUUCAACAUCAACAUGCAGACCUGAGCUUGGAGUUACAGCAGGAACGUGAAGAGCGCGAGGAAGACCAUGCCCUAGCGAAGGAGAUGCUCAAUUACCUUCAGGAGCUUCCAGAAGAGUCACGACCUACGGAGCUUGUCUCAAAGGCACAAGCCCGGUACGCCUCGAACGAACCCAAGCACGCCUCAAUCCCUCAAACAAAACAACAACUCCAGGAUGACAUGACCCGAUGGAAAGGCAUGCACGAGGUGGAAGCCCGUCGAUGCAUGGACCUUUCGCGACGCAUGGACGACUAUGAAAAAGAGAACACUAUUUUGAAGGACCAACUCCGCGAGGCCCGCGGCCGAAUCCAAGAUGGCUACCGUGAUCGACAGCGCUUGGAGCGGAAGAACCAAGAACUUCGCACCCUGAAGACCAAUACAUCCGAACCAAGGACACCACCGGAAAUCGCUUCUCCCGCAUCUGAUACCAGCGAGAAGGCUUCUCCUCGAGGGCUUCGCGAGCUCAAGCUGGCCCGCAGUAACUCCCAGAAGUCUCCCACAUACAAUAAACGCUCCAGCAGCUUGGGCCUUCAAACCGUUCUCACCACCGAAAACAACAAGCCUGCCCCUGAGGAAUCUUUGCUCUUGGAGCUCGUUGCCUCAAAAACAGCUGAAGCCGUGGCUAAGCAGGAACUGGAAGAAGUAAAGGGCAAACUGGAUUCUUUGCGAAAGAUGAUCAGUGCGCCCGCGGCCAACCCCAAUUCGAAGCCCGACAACCGGCAUUCUUUCAUGGGGCGUGCGUCCAACAGGAACAGCAUAUGCAAAGCCUCGACCGAGCCGCUCAAGACUCCAAAUGCUACGCAUAAUGCUGGGGGCGGCGGAUUCUUCAGCGGAUGGGGAAGACGAGCUGCGCCGAGCAACGAGACACCCUAA